UCGACAAACAUGUUAUGUGCUGCAGUUCGCCAAGAGAGUAGUAGCGAGUGGGAGCUUCGACAUUGCGGUCUUCAUAGCAAGCACACGCACACGAAUACAAACUUACGAAGUGCGUGCUUCGUUCAUCCGUAUUCUACGUCAGUGAGAAGUGCAGCGUACUUCAUCCAGAGUUCAGAAUGAAGCUGUGGUGGAGUUUGAUAUUAAUAAGCGUCGCCCUACCGAUGAUAGUUUGUGCGACAAAUGUAGAGUCUGAUCUUUGGGAAGAGGAUGACAAAGAAGUUCUUGUACGAUCAAUUCGCGGCACCAAGGAACGGGCAUCUGGUGGUGGCGGCAGCAGCGUCUCUACGUCCUGUCGAUACAGUAAGGGUCAGUGGUCCGACUGCGAUCCCAAAACCAACAUGCGGACGCGCACCCUCACCCUCAAAAAGAGCGACAAGAUGUGUGAGCAGACCAAAGUCAUCACGAAGAAAUGCAAGAAAGGUAAAGCUUGCAGAUACGAAAAAGGAACUUGGGCAAAUUGUGUCAAUCAAAGUAUGGUGCGCGUUGAUAACUUAAAAGCGAAUAGCGACCCUUCUUGUGAGAAAACGCGUCGUAUUACAAAGAGAUGUAAACCAGAAGCUAAUAAUAAAAAAGCCACAAAAGACCGAUCGAACAAGAAAACUAGCAAACAACAGUAAGAUCGAACCUGAAUAACCGCCUGGUUAAAAUCGAAGGCGUUAAUGUCACAAAAACUUUCUAAAGCUAUAAAGAAGUUUUACGAUGACGACUUGAUAAAUGAAAAAGAAAGAGCAUUACAAUCGAUAAGCCUACCAGUAAUAUAAUUGAAAUUGAAUCAGCAAGAAAAA